AUGAAGGAAGCCCGAGUGCAAGAGCAGCCUGGGGCAGCGCAGGCCCGGCCUGCCGAGGGCACUGAGACCGGGGAGGCCGGGGGAAGACCCGCGUAUCUGACAACGUUGCCAGCGGCCCUGAUAAGGUUCCGCAGAUUCCAAAAGAAGAAAAGGGCCAAGUCCCCCAUUUUCCAGAAGCCGCCAGAACCACAACUGAACGACAGUUUGGAGGGGCCUCGUGGCUUGGGCUGCAUAGUCAUCCCCUGCUGCCAGCGUUUUAACAACGUUCGCUGCUGCUUCUUUGUCUGCUGAACCUUGACCAUAUGUCAAGGUAUGAUAUUUGGUCUUGUAGAUGUGAGCAUUGCCAAUUUUCAGAAGGAUUAUUAUCUGAAAAUCAUUGAGGAGUCAGUACUGCAAUCUAGUUAUGAUAUUUCAUCUUUCCUGAUAGCAAUAUUUGUAGCAUACUAUGGAGGGAGAGCAAAAAGAACAACAUGGAUGGCAGUUUCCUCCUUUUUAAUUGGAGUUGGGUCACUUUUCUUCGCCUUUCCAUUCUUUAAUAAUAGAAGUUAUGAAAUGAAGGUAGAAAUUGAAGGUAUUUGCCAAGAAUCAAUGGCUAUCAAAACUUGCCAGAAAAGAACAUUAUCAUUCCAAUCAAAAUAUGUAUCUUUCUUUAUCCUUGGGCAGACUGUGCAGGGAAUAGCAGGAAUGCCUAUUUAUAUCCUUGGAUUAACCUAUAUUGAUGACAGCGUCGCCACACACUCAGCUGGUACCUAUUUAGGUCUUGCAGAAGCUUCAGGAGUGGUUGGAUAUGCUCUGGGUUAUGUGAUAGGGGCACCAUUUGUUAAGGCCUCUGAGAAUAGCACAUCUGAGAACAACACUAAAGAUGAUGGUUAUCCACAAUGGCUGUCGACUUGGUGGGUUUAUUUUCUUAUUACCACUCUUAUUGCAUGGUCUACAUCAAUACCAUUGUCAUGCUUUCCACGCAAUAUACCAGGUACAGCAGGGAUGAAAGCUGGGAAACGUAAACAGCCUCAUUUGUUUGACAGCAUGCUUAAAGAUCAGAAAUUCGGAAGUGGUAUAAAGGAUUUAUUUGCCGCUAUUCGG